UGUUUUGAUUGGUUACACGAGACACAUUGCCGACAAUACACCAAUCAUAUCUGUUGAACGGCAAGCAUAGCUUCUCGCAUAGUGGUAGAAAGGUAGCGUGGGUCUUUAUACAUUGGAAAACUAGGCUAGGGUAGUGGUAACUGACACUGUAAAUCAAAAUGGGAAGAAAAGACGGAAAACCAAGAGGGCGCAUGUCUUCUUAUGCUUUCUUUGUACAGACAUGCCGUGAGGAACACAAGAAAAAGUGUCCUGAUGAAAAUGUUGUGUUUGCUGAGUUUACCAAAAAGUGUGCACAGAAAUGGAAAGAAAUGAGUGCAAAGGAAAAGCGCAGAUUUGAGGAAAUGGCUGAGCGGGACAAAUCUAGAUAUGAGAAAGAGAUGGCCAGCUAUGAUCCCCCUGCCGGUGCCUCAGCUGGCAAGAAGAGGAAGCGAUCAAAGGAUCCAAAUGCACCAAAGAGGGCUUUGUCGGCCUUCUUUUUCUUUUGUGCUGAGGAGCGCCCUGAUGUUAGAGCUGCCCAUCCCGAGUGGUCGGUAGCAGAAGUUGCUAAGGAACUCGGAAAACGUUGGGAGAAAAUGAGCAAUAGAUCCAAGUAUGAGGCCCAGGCCGAGGCAGACAAGAAGAGAUAUGCAAGGGAAAUGGAAGUAUACAGAUCUGGUGGAACUGUUCCCACUAAGUCAAGCUCUCCUGCCAAGAAAGCCAAGGCUCCAGCAAAGGAAAGUGAUGAAGACGAUGAUGAUGACGAAGACGAUGAUGAUGAAGAUGAUGAUGAGUAAAGACCAAAGGAAAGAGAACUCUCUUUCUCAAAAUUUUAUCCGGCAAACACCAUUGUCUCAUUUUGGAACAAAUGACUGAAGCCUUUUACUUGUAUAUAGACCUAAGUCUUUUAAGAAAAGUGCAUUGGUUUCCAAUUUUUUUCUCAUUUGUGUUAGGUAUUUCUAUGUCCUGUGCUAUGACACAGAUAUUCUGUGUUCGACUAAUGCUGAAAUUACUCUAGCCUUACAGAGAUGAGAUUUCAACCAUACACACAUACCGUAUGUGCCAAUGUGGGCUAAUAGGUUUAUCAUGACAUAUUGUUCUUGAAAAAUCAAAAAAUAA